AUGCUUCUCUAUGCGGAGCGCAAAAUCCCCACCUGGACUAGUUUGGCUAGAACAGCGCCAGUCGGGUCCACCGAAUUGGUCUUGUCCUCGGCCGUGUUGAAUUGGCAACCGGGGGAUAGAAUUGUCGUGGCCACCACAAGUAAAGACUAUUUACAAUCGGAAGUGCGCACCAUAACCAGCAUGGCUCCUGAUAUGCAAGGCAUCACACUGAGCGAGGCACUUCAGUAUAAACAUGUGGUCUAUAACGAGAGUUACGGUCAGUACAAUUUUUACACCGGUGCUGAAGUAGCCGUGCUGUCGUCGAAUAUCGUGAUUCAGGGUGACGAGAACAGCAUGGAAAGUCGAUUUGGUGGUCGCAUCCUCGUUUCCACCUCGCUGGUGCAGAAUCAAUUUGUUCUCGGACAGCUGAAACUAUCUGGUGUUCAUUUCAAACAGAUGGGACAGUCCACAUUCACCUCGGAUACCGAUGCACGAUUGCCAGUUGCUUUUAUCAAUGCAGGGAAUGUGUCCUCCACGUCCAGUUUAAACUCGAGCAUAUUCGAGAAUUCAUUCACCACGGCCAUCGGUGCCUAUGGAUCAAGUGGUUUGAUUGUCCGAGACACAGUAAUCUUCAACACAUCAGGAUCCGGCAUCAUACUGAAAGGUGAUCGGCAUCAGCUUUUACGUGUUGCCAUCGUUCAAGCUGGAUGGGCUGACGAUACACGUGCGACGGGACAGUGGCAAUCAGACAGCAUAUUCAUUGCCGGUUUGGACAUUUUGAAUGCACCGGAUACGGUAUUACAAGACGUCAGUGUGGCUGGUGCUCGACAAAUCGGAUUAAUUACUGUAGGAUUUGCUUGUACAGAAGAUGUGGGUCGAUACUGGCAAAGUGUGGUCGUACAUUCAUGUAUGUUGGGUAUUCUAGUCCCAGAUGCCACUCCACCGUGCAACAAAAUUGCCAAUAUCAUGGUGUAUUCGGCAACGGAAUUUUCUAUCUAUUGGAGAGUACCAACUUCAAUCAUUGGUACUAAUAUGCAACUGGUGGAUAAUCGAGGAGGUGUUUACACCUAUGUGGCAACACCGGGUGCUCGGACAAGUGAAAGACACAACAAGACGGUAAUCCUACAGGAUUCACUGCUGAUUGGACGCAGUGGCCUACAGGAUUGCUCAGACGCCCCUCGACCGGAAGUGAUCAGCAAAUCUAGCAAACUGACUGGAAUCUACUCACCACAAAUGGGUCAUGUUGGGAUAGUUAGUGCGCAGUUCCUCAGUGGCGCUUUUGACACUUCCCUAAUGGGUUUUGUCAGCUGGUCUACGGAGUUCUCGCUGGGUGGUGGUGCUUUCGUCAAAAAUCUUACGGUGGUAAACUACAAUAAAUUUUGUGCUAGCACACCGGACGUGUUUUGGAGGACAGAUCCGGCGAAUGAGGACGGAAUCCAACCCACCUAUUUCAGUAACAUCACAGCCAUCGGAUUGAAUCCCGACAACCUAGUCUACUAUGACCGACCGGCUUUGAGUGCCGUAACGUUUGACAAAUGUGGGGAUAUGGAAUGUGAUGGACACAAAAAAGUGCUGGUCAUCAACGCGGACGGGACCCUAUUUGGUCAACCCACAACUAUCCUACCACAGUCCGAAUGGCAGUGGGACAAAAAUCCCGCCUACGGAAUCGGUUCCAGCAAGGUCCCGAGACGAAUGACCACAAAUUCCGAUGGAACAACCAUAGACAUCAAUACAUACUGGCCCAAUAAAGGUGUAAUACGUGACGAUACCUGUGAAAUGGUGAGCACCAUGCAAGCGUACAAAUGCAGUGCGGUUCUUGAUCACAGGGUUCUGCUGAUCGAGUCUUUGGACGAAGAUCGAAUUCUACGCAGAAUAGCUCCAGUUGCAUUCGCCACUGAUAGUCUUGGGGCAAACUAUCUGGACCUGAUCAACGGACCGGCUGAUCAUGGACGUUGUUCCAGUUACGCGUGCUUGAAACGACUUAGUGCGUUCUUGGCAAUCGUUGCACGAAAUCAGAAUUUCGUACUAUAUUUCACUGGAACACCGCCGCAAAAGAUCCGGUUGAGCAUGCUUCAACCAGAUCCGACCUACGCGGUUCGAGUGGGUAUUGAUAAUCCGGUUUCUGGCCGAUUGGAUGUUUACUCGGACAAUAAAUACAUCCUGCCAUUGAAUGGCGCAUACAACGACAAGGGUCAGGUGGUUACAAAUGUACCCACCUAUUCUGGCCAGUAUUUGCCCGAUCCGGCCAAAAACGCGAGUGGAAUGAACUAUUUCAACGAGACAACACAAAUGCUCUAUGUUGUAAUCAAUGGUCCCUCGGUGUUGGAAAUUCGUCUACAGCAGAUCCCCAGUUCUUACAUUCGUGUGGUCAAAGUGGUCAGUGAAGCAUCCAGUGGUUCGCGCAGACGUCGAUCUGCUACCUCCUCUGGUGUCCAAGUGGAAAUGGAUAUCACUACACCGCCUGCGAGUACAAUUGAACCGGUUAGCACAUCGACAACGGCUCCGGAAACCACAACAGACACUGAACCGUCCGUGCUGGAACUGGCACAUGCUACUUUGAUCAACGGGGUGCAGACGAAUAUUCUUGGUGCUGCACUAAACACUAUUGUAUCUGGUAACACGCACGUUUCUCAACUUGGAACUGCCGAAAAUCCGUGGAUAUACAACAUCAGUGACGUCCGGGGGACGGGUCUGUUCGCGCCAAUCAUCAAUGCCUCGUACUCGGUACUGGAUAACGGGUACACUAUCCUUGCGGACGAAUACAUCAACAACACAGGCGCAUUGAAAUUCGAAGUUUCACUUGCUGACCCCAGCUAUCUGGUCGUUCUCAAUGGAAGCCGACCUUUCGUAGUCGAGAAGCGUCGGUUUCUAAUGGAAGCAAAUCUGAUUGGCAUCGAUGUUCAAUUGAAUCAAACAACCGGAACCAACGAGACAAUACCACGGUUCCGGAUUCAAAUGAAGGACAAAAGUACCGGCAAGAUUUCCCAAUCAUUGGAUUGGCGUGUGAGUAAACAACCCGUGUCUCAAUCGAUUUACAAUCUGUCCCCAGGCGUAUAA